AUGGAGGUGCCGCCUCACCGCCCGCUUGGCGGGGGGCAGCGCGGGGCCCCCCCACACCCCUCCUCCCCGCCAACCUCCACCCACUCGCGCGUCCCCUCAGGGGCGGCUGAGGGGGAGCCGCGGGAGCGGUCGGGGCUCUGCAGUGCUCCUCGGCUCUGGGUUCGCUCCGAGGCCGCAGAGGAAGGGAGCUGUGACGAGGAACGACGUGGCUCUGCCCCGGCACAGGCGCUUCGGAAGGUGUCGCUUGCGAAAGCUGUCAGCGCUUCCCGUAGCGUGUACCAGCGAGAGGAGAAAGGCUGCGGUGCGAUGGGGGCCCCGGCGGAACAGCCCCAAGCUCGCUCCUGUGGGAGGAAUGAUCUUGCCACAUCGGAGCUGCAGAAAGGUCAAGCCGGAGUCGCUUUCUCGCUGAUAUCCCUUCCCCUGACAGAAGAUUUGGCAACUGGAGCCAAUAGGGAGAGGAUCAUCUUCAUCACCCUUAAGCACCAGGAAAGGAAUUUCCAGAUGGAAUUAGCAAAGCCUCCACCCCUACAGUCUGAGCAGUUGCUGAGUAUCAUUAAUCAUUCCAUCAAAUGCAGCAUUCACCACCCUCCUGCAAUUCUGCCGUCCUUCAGAAAACCUGAGUCGGUUCCAGAACUCACAGGAAAGACUCUGAAGCAGCUUUAA